CGAGACAGAGACUGGCUCGUUCUGCAUCUUUCCAUUGCCCAACGUCGUGCGUGACCUUGGAUGGAAGUUGCCGGCAGCACACCCAGACAACGGCGCGACUCGCAGUCCACUGCGCCAUACCAAGCGACUGUGGAUGGGGCGAACACGACCAUGAAAGACACGCCUGCUCCGAACGUGUCGUGUGGCUUGCUCAAGAUGCUCGACCAUUGGGUAUGGCAUUAUACCGUACUGCUAGUGCAUUUCGGCGACUACCUCGUGAACUCGACCGCCAUUGCGUUCCUCUCGGCCGACUACACAUACGUUGAAUGGGGAGAAACCCUGCGCCUGCUUUCCAUGGGGUGCUCUGGCGUGUAUGCCAUCGACGUGCUGCUUCGGAUGGCUGGUCUACGCACGCGACUUUGUCGGUCCUGCGCGAGUAUGAGCGACGUCGUGGCCUUGCUGUGCGUCGGGGGUGCCUUGGCGGCUCGGUUUGUGUACGCGGACAACGUCGAGGAGAAGCGCGUGGUCAUCACCGAGUACUUGGACAAGGACCAGCCAUUGCUGCCAGGCGAAACCCACGUCUUUCCGAAAUACAGAUCGAACCAAAUCGAAAUCUACUUUGCGGCGGCGUAUUGCGUCGUGCUGGCGGUGCGCAUCGUGUUGAAGCCCAUGGUGCGGGUCUACUCCAAGUCGCUCCAGCCCACUUCCGCCGCGGACACGCUGCUCAUCUCGAUGGACUCGCUGCGGUCGGCCCUUCGCCGCAUCCCCAACAUCGCCGCGGCAUCGGUGGAAGUGAUGGAGCACGACUUGGUCAUCAUUUGCGGCCGAACGGACGGCGACAUGACCAACGACGAACUGAUGGUGUUCCUGGAGAAGGCCGUGGCCCACCGCCCCGCCGACAUGACCGCGUCGGCGUUCUUGAGCCACCUGCGCGACUUGGACGCGCAGUCGGCGCUGCGCGUGUACGGCGCCCUGGACGUGGUCUCGUCGACGCUGCGCCAUUGGUCCAACCAGCGGGUGGCGCUAGCGAGCACGGUGUUAAUCGUGCUCGUGCACGCGUCCAUCACGCCCAUGUUGGCGUACUUUAUGGGUUUGCUCGGCGACGAAGCAUUUCCGAAUCGCGUCAACAAGAUCUUCAAGCAGGGCUACCGCAACGGCACGAUGCAGACGUGGGUCGAGACGCAAGUGAUGGCCAAGAACAAGUUUGUCUUCCCCAACGGCACCGAAGGCACGUUUACGUACUUCGUGCCGGCCUCGAGCUUGGCUGUGGGUGUAUGUGGCAUCCUCCUCAUCUGCGUGCCGUUUGCGAUCGUGGACUUCCUCAUGGGGUACUUUCAAUCGACGAUGAUUGCCAACGCCACGCUCAAGGUGCAGGGCCAGCUGCUCAAGACGAUUCUGGCCCAGCCCACGCUCUUCUUCUCCCAGCGCACCGAAGGCGACCUCAACAACUUGUUCCAGUCGGAUGUGGCGCGCGUGAAUGCGCUGUGGCAGGCCGUGUUUUGGAACCUCAUGCACCCGAUCGUGUCGGUGGUGGCCGGCUUUGCGUUUCUCAUCUACUUUGAGCCGUCUGUGGGCAUGGCGUCCCUCGGGUUUGCCGCCGUGCUCAUUUCCACGGGCCCCCAAGGCCACGCAUCUCUAAAGUCCAAAGAGUUUGGCUCCAAGAAUGCGUUUGUGGCCGCCGAGUUUCAGAACGCCGUGCAGUGUCACAACGUGGUGCGGGCGUACGACAUCCAGCCGUCGCUCCUGGCAAAGUUUGCGUCGUCGACGGCCAUGCUAGGCCAGGCGCAAUUCCUCAAAGACUUUUGGUCGGGGAUUGUGCAGAUUUACGUGGACAGCGCCAUGUAUGUGUUUGUGGCUAUCAUGACGGCUGGCAUGGCCACCAAGGUGUACAAGGGCGACAUGACGUCGGGGGACUUUUUUUCGGCCGUGACGCUCUUGGGCCGCGUGUCCACGCCCGUGACGGUCCUCGGCGGGUUCAUGCGGGUCGCCAUUGGCAACGCCAGCAGUCUGCAGCGCCUCGACGAGAUCGUGUACGACAAAUGUGACGUGGACGACGGCGACACGGACCGCCUGCCACGUGUCCCGCGCAUGCAGCAGGGAUUGCGAAUUGAUCGCUUGAGCUUUCAAUAUGACCCCACGUCGGACGUGUGGAACUUGCAAGACGUGAACGCCACGUUUCCCAUUGGCCAUUACGUGUGCAUUGUGGGUCCGAGUGGAUGUGGGAAAAGCACGUUGCUGGGGUGUUUGAUGCAGUUUUACGAGCCGUCGGAUGGUGUCAUUGCCGUGGACGACCACAAUCUGCACGCGUAUUCCAAGUCGAGCUACAUGGGGCAGAUCGCCGUGGUAUUUCAGGACGGCGGGAUCUUGAACGGCAGCAUUCUAGACAACAUUCGGUUUGGCAAUGCUUUGGCGACGGACGACGAGUGCAAACAUGCGGCCGAGCUGGCCGAGUGCGGCGCGUUCGUCCAUGCCCUCAAGGACGGGUACGACACGAUUGUGGGACAGCACGCGACGGCCAAUUUGAGCGGCGGACAGACGCAGCGCAUCUGUCUGGCGCGGGCGCUGGUCCGGAAGCCGUCCAUCUUGCUGCUGGACGAAGCCACGUCGGCGCUGGACGCCGAGACCGAAGCCUCGAUCGUCGACUGCCUCCACGCGUUGGCCAAGAAGUUGCACAUGACGAUCAUUUCGGUGACCCAUCGGUUGUCGACGACAAGGUCGGCCGAUUCGAUCCUCGUCAUGCAAAGCGGCCGCAUCAUCGACCGCGGCACGUACCACGAACUGCUGGCUCGGCCCAUGGGCUUCUUUGCGGAGGUCAUGAACAAGCCAGAAGAAGCAGCCGGCAACAAGUGCCGCGAGAGUGCGGCCACGUUCAACUAUGGCAGCCAGUUCUUUGACAUGGAGGACGACACAGCAGUGGCCACCAACAGCCAGCGGGCCCUCGAGUUGUUUGCCGACGACUUGCGUACUCGAGCGGUAUAUAUAUAUAUACGUACAUGGCCGUCGUUGCUUGGAGCACGUUUCAAAGCCAUGAGUGUGUAGGACAGUCGCGACGUCCUGGGGGGCAUGAAAUCGAGAAAGAACUCUUCGAUAUUGUCGGAAACGACGUCGGACAAAGCUGCCCCCUCGCAACGCCAAGACUCGUCGGAGAAUUAUGUCGUCUUGUAACCUUGCAUACAUUUUAUUCCACGUCAUGAUAGUACUAUUUGUGUUGCAUCGAGUACACUACUAAUAGGAUGAUACGACUAACAGCACAAAAAAGUGUAUUUCACCCA